GAUGAGGAGAAGGCUAUGCUUCACAGAAUGCUCAGAGUGGACCAUGCUGGGGAAUACGGGGCAAACCGAAUUUAUGCUGGCCAGAUGGCGGUGCUGGGGCAGACGCAGACACGCCCACUCAUACAGGAAAUGUGGGAUCAGGAGAAGAAACAUUUAAAUAAGUUUAAUGAAGUCCUUGCUGAAAACAGAGUGCGACCUACAGUAUUACUGCCUCUGUGGAACAUUGCAGGAUUUGCUUUAGGAGCUGGUUCAGCCUUGUUGGGGAAAGAGGGUGCAAUGGCCUGCACAGUGGCAGUGGAGGAGAGCAUCUCUGAGCACUAUAACAGCCAGAUCAGGGCUCUGAUGGAGACUGACCCAGACAAAUACACAGAGCUUCUGCAGAUGAUUAAAGAAUUCCGUGAUGAUGAAAUGGAACACCAUGACACUGGACUGGAGCAUGAUGCUGAGUCUGUUCCUGGAUACUGGUUGAUGAAGGCCGUGAUCCAAGCUGGAUGCAAAGCUGCCAUCUAUGUCUCGGAACGUAUCUAGAACCAAAAAUACACUGUAGAGACGCAUUGGUCUCA